GAAAAAAAAAGCGAGUCCAACCCAAUCGAUCAACACGAACCAGCCAUCGUCGUCUUUCCGGUAAUUUCCCUUCAUUUUUCAUUUCCCGAACCUCCGCCCCAACACCCACGGCUACUACUACCGUCGUAUCAAUGCGUCUCCAUGCGUCCCCAUCCAGGAUGUUCGGGCGCUACCAUAACACUGAGAUACAAUACGACAGCUGGAUAGCACGAUUGGAUUCUCUCUGAAAAUCUGGAUCUCUCCCGUCUUCGACCGCGAUCGACCUCUGGCUCAUCAUAGCUGUCAUUUCCCACCUGGUCGAGACCGGACCAAUCGACCCUCGUGGUGGAUUCGUUUGGUCACGCUUUGUGGACGCUGCUGUCUUUUCUUUUCUCUUUUCUCCCCUGAUGUUUGGUUCUCGCGGACCCCAGACUCGGAUCUUCCCUUGUGGCUUUGGGUUUUUGGCACUUGGUGGUUUCCAUACUGUAGAUAUGCUUUUUUUUUUUUUUAGUUUUUUUUCCCUUCUCUUUAUUAAUAUUACUCUUUGAUAAUCAUAAGCGGUCCUUGCGCUCCUUCAUCCUGACCUAUCCUAUUCUUAUCCUAUCCUAUCCCCCUCUUUCCUCCUCCAUCACACCCCAAUCCCCCAAUCCCAGCAUGAAUGCGACGCGCCGCCACGACCUUUCACCACUUUGACCCUCCUCCUCAUCUUCCCUUGUUUUACUUUCCCAACAAGCUUUCUUCCUCCCCGUACUUGUCAUUAUUCACGAUGCCCAUAUGAACUCAAUUCGUCUUCGAAGAACCCGAGUUCCCCGAUACAUGAGGUAUCCGACUCGUUGCCUUUUCGCCGCCCACCACGUCAUACCCGAGCUUUAACCCGUGGAUGAUAAGAAGGCAAUUGACUCACGCGCUCUAAUCCGUUUUUUUUUCCCUUGAGUGGCGUUUACUGUCGCCCUUGAGUCAAUCUCACCUGCGUCUGCGUGGGGAGUCACAUCCUGGACUUUAUCUUCUGCACACUGCUCUGUUAUCUCGUGCGAAUCGCAGGGUUUCAAGGUGCCGCUUACUUGCUUUUUCGGAGUUCAGCCGGGUCACUUAUCUACAAGAGUCGUACCCCGGGCUUCGGGUCCAUCGGCUUCGAUAGCCCGUUUGCAAUAAUCUUUGGCGACUCUUGACUGCCACUGCAAUUGCGACUGCAGUUAUUCUACACACUCUCCGUUGCGAUGAAUCCUACAAAUCCCCCAUUGCGCUUGUCGGUUAGUACGCAUGAUGGGAAGGACAUUGCAUUACAGACUCCAACCUCGGGCUCGGCCUUGACGCCCCCAGUCACCCCGAUUGCAAAGAAAAACGCCGACGCCGAACGGUCAAUUCCCAGUCCACUGGAAGAACCAUCCCCCGAGCAAACAGCGGCGCAAGUGAAGCGAAAUAUCAACACUCCGCGACACUUUACCGACGAAAUCGAAAUAUAUCGCGAUGACGAGGACAGCCCCGUCGAGUUUGGCCGUGGCGCUUGGAGUAUAGUAUACAAGGCGCUCUCAACUCCAAACGUCACAAGCACCUCCCUCCAAACUCCACCUAGUUCACCAGUCACCAUUAGCCGGGUCCUGGCCGUGAAAGCACCAUUGCGUCGCGAUGCGCGCAAGGUAUUACAGAGCGAGGCACUGACGCUGACCCGACUAAACCUCACACCGGGCUCUGAACGACAUGUCGUUCCCUUCCACGGCUUCAUAUCCGACUCCGACGCACUAGUCAUGUCCGCCGUACCCUUGUCAUUAUCUACAUACAUCGAAGACCAGGCCGAUCUGCGCAAGAAACAGCCUUCAACGGCGACAAUGUUCGAUCCCGUCCAAGGACCGGAACCUUGGCGCGACAUGGCGCGCAAAUUGAUAACAACUCUUGCGUGGCUGCAUGAUACAGCGGGGAUCGUCCAUGGAGAUAUCAAGCCUCACAAUAUUCUCCUCCGCCCUAUUGCUAUCGACGAACCCGGUAUCGAGGCCGGCGCUUUCCCCUACGAACCUCUUCUGGCAGAUUUCUCUUCCGCGUUUGAUAUCCCCUCGGACGCCACGCCUGCCCCGAAUUCAAGUCCAGCUGCCAUGUCGGCAUUCACGCCACCUUUCACAGCACCGGAGUUACUCUCGCUCGCAUCUCUCAAGUCGGGCGAUGUCGCGCCAACGCCGGCUUCGGACGUCUUUUCCCUCGCGGCUACCCUGAUAGCUGCUGCGACGGGUGAUCUCCUUCUCUACCCCGGCUCGAAUAAUAUGCAGCGUCUAGCCAUGGCGCGCGAGGGUCAUCGAAUUCUGGAUUUUACUCGUUCCGGUUCGAAUGGCUGCCGCGUGCCGCGGAAUGGUUUCGUCGAGAAACUUGUUCAACCGGCAGUUUCCAAGGAUCCGGCUCAGCGAAUUUCAACUCGGGAUUGGGUGGUUUUGACCUCUUCUUGAGGUCUACCCUUUUUUUUUUUCACUGAAUCUUUUUAUUGGUUACCAUAUUCUAACAUUUUUGUCGCGGUAUACUGCGAUCUGUACAACAUACAUUCGUUUCUUGUUGUUUGUUUGCAUGUUCUUCAACUUUCUUUUCCCCGUGUCUUCUUACUUUCUCUCUUCUUUCGUUCUUUCUUUCUUUGUUUUCUUUCUCACUUUCAUUGGCAUGAUACAGUUGCAUUUGGGAGCAUUGUUUUGGUUAGCCAUUCUCUCGUUUGGCAUAUAUAAGAUACCCGGAAACCUAGAUGGAGUCGUCGAAGAUCCUGUGAUGAUACUUUUGGAAAUAGAUCUUUUGCAUACCGUGCAUACAUCGUUUUAGACCCCUACGCUAGGUAAUGGUAAAUUCGACCCUG